CUAGCGGCAAUGGACUGAACAAGCCUGCGUACUGGCAUCUUUUAAUAACACUUGUUAUACUUGUAUUUUACCUCGUUUUUUAUAGAUCAUCUCAGUGGUGUGAAUGAUUUAUUUCCAAAUUAUGCAGUUUUUACCGAGUCCACGAAUUCUACGAAGAAUGUCCGUGUAAUAUCAACAAAGUGCAUUUUAGUGGGUGUUGUCAAGUCCAUUCCCUUUGCCUCAGGGGGAAAUGCAGGGUAGCAGCAUCAACAUGGAUUCUUCAGUAUGGACAGCACACCUUUUAUUAGUAGCUGUCUGUUUCUUACAAGCUACAGCUCUAAUUCAGUCACCACCUCGAAUUGUAAAGCAACCUCCAACAGAUGAACUUCUGUUCCAAGUUGCACAGCAGCAGAACGAGAAUGAUAAACCCUUCAUUAUAGAGUGUGAAGCAGAAGGUGAACCAGCUCCGAAGUAUCGAUGGAUAAAGAAUGGAAAGCAUUUUGAUUGGCAAGCUUAUGAUGAUCGAAUCUCACAGCAACCAGGACGUGGUUCUCUUGUAAUUUCAUCUCCGCGUGAUGAAGAUUUAGGUCAGUAUCAGUGUUUUGCUACAAACGAGUGGGGUACAGCGACUUCAAACUCGGUAUUUGUCCGUAAAGCCGAACUGAACUCUUUUAAGGAUGGCCCGCCCAUUACAGUGAGUGCUCAGGAAGGUGAGCCAUUCAAACUGACUUGUCAACCUCCAGAUGGUUGGCCCAAACCAAAUGUCUACUGGCUGAUACAGAACACCGAUGGUGGCAUAAAGAGUAUUAACAACUCUCGUAUGACUCUUGACCCUGAGGGUAACUUGUGGUUCUCUAAUGUAACGAGGCAUGAUGCAAGUGAUGACUUUGCAUAUGCAUGUGCUGCCACCUCUGUGUUCAGAAAUGAGUAUAAAGUUGGCAACCGUAUGCUGUUGGAUGUGAUACAAACUGGUGUGUCUGCAUCGCAAAACAGACACGAACCUGUGCAGCAGUAUGUUUCCAGAAAGAAUGAAGUAGCAUUGCGAGGCAGGAAAGUGGAAAUGUAUUGCAUAUUUGGUGGAACACCUUUACCACAAACUGUUUGGCGUAAAGAUGGUCGAAUGAUACAUCCCUCAGAGAAGAUUACACAGAAUAACUAUGGAAAGAGCCUCGUCAUUAAACAUGCCGCAUUUGAAGAUGAAGGAAGUUACACCUGUGAGGUUAGCAAUGGAGUAGGAGCAGCGAAGUCAUACUCUGUUAACCUUCAGAUCAUGGCUGUCCCAUACUUCACCAAGGAACCUGAGAAUGUCAAUGCUGCAGAAGAUGAGACAAUUGAAUUCCACUGCAAAGCAUCUGGUAUACCUGAACCUCAGAUCAAGUGGAUCCACAAUGGUCGCCCAAUCAGUGAGGCUCCUGCUAACCCGCGGCGGAAAGUGACUCCUAACAGCAUUGUUAUCCAGAAUUUGAGAAAGAAUGACACAGGAAAUUAUGGGUGCAAUGCCACCAACAGUCUUGGUUAUGUCUACAAGGAUGUCUAUGUUAAUGUUUUGGCUCUGGCUCCUGAGAUCAUGGAUCCUCCUCGAAGUGAGGCAACCGUUGAUGGACGAACUGUGACCCUGAUAUGUCGUGUGUUUGGUGCGCCAAAACCCUUAGUUAAAUGGAUUCGUAGUGGCGUAGAGCUGACAGGAGGACGCUACACUGUUCUUGACAGUGGAGAUCUUGAAAUCAGGGAUGUAAAUUUCAUGGAUGCUGGUUCAUACACUUGCUUUGCUGAAAACAAGUUUGGAGAAGCGAAGGCAGAUGGCACUCUGAUUGUGAAAGAGCACACCAAAAUCACAGAUGAACCAGAGGAUUAUGAGGUGCCCGCAGGUAGCACAGCAACUUUCAGGUGUAAUGCUGUGAGCGACUCCUCGCUUCCUCUCACUAUCGAGUGGUUGAAUAAUGGGCAGCAGAUAGAUUUCGAAGCAGAACCUCGGUUUGUGCGUUCUUCUGACUAUUCUCUUACCAUCACCAAAACAACGGAACUUGAUUCCGGCGUCUACACAUGCGUAGCCCAAACAGAUCUCGAUGAAGCAAGGGCACAAGCCACUCUUAUAGUGCAAGAUGUACCGAAUUCUCCAAACCUGAAGGAUGUUAAGUGUAACAAGCGUGAUGCAUCAAUCCAUUGGGAGCCAAUGGGUGAUAAUCGUGCACCUAUCCUGCGUUACACAAUACAGUUUAACACAAGCUUCACGCCAGAUACAUGGGAAAUAGCAUUUGACUCUGUUCCGGCUACAGAUAUGACAUACACUGUCGCAAUGAGUCCGUGGGCGAAUUACACUUUUCGAGUAAUAGCCUGGAACAAAAUUGGGCCCUCCAGUCCUUCACAGCAUUCUACCAUCUGUACGACCCAGGCAGAUGUGCCUUACAAAAACCCGGAUAAUGUUGAAGGCAAAGGCACCGAACCAAACAAUAUUGUCAUCAGCUGGACGCCCAUGCCCGAGAUUGAACAUAAUGCUCCUCGGUUCAUGUAUCGAGUUUACUGGAGGCGAGACAUACCUGGUGAGCAAUGGGUCGCGAAUGACAUUGUGAAUUGGGAGGAGAAUAAACUGAUUGUCCCGGACCAGCCAACAUUCCAGCAGUAUCGCAUCAAGGUCGUAGCUAUGAAUGAGAAGGGAGAAGCCAACGUUGCUCCAAAGGAAGUUAUAGGAUACUCAGGGGAAGAUGUUCCAACCCAGGCACCGUACAACUUCACACUUGUCCAAGUGAAGGACAGUACAACUGCUCUGCUCAGCUGGAAUCCUGUCCCUGCAGAAACUGUUCGUGGUCAUUUUAAAGGGUAUAAGAUUCAAAUCUGGACAGAAAAGGAUGGAGAAGAUGGUUUACGUGAAAUUGACGUUAAAGGAGAAAAAACAAACACGAUGGUUACCAAGUUCAUACCUCACAGCAAGAACUUUGCACGAGUACUUGUGUACAACAGCAGGUAUAACGGACCACCCAGUGAAACCCUAAGCUUUGACACGCCUGAAGGUGUUCCUGGUACUGUGCAGUUCUUUGAAGCAUUUCCACUGGGGUCAUCAGCCCUGUAUCUGAUAUGGAAGCGUCCAGAACAGCCGAAUGGCAUUCUCACAGGCUACAAGAUUUACUACCAGACUGUCAAGGGGACCAAAGUUGGACCUAUGCUUGAGAGAGAGCCGCAUAUUUCAGACCCUAAUCAGACACGUGCAAAGCUGGCAGGGCUUGAACCAGGUACCAAGUACAGGCUUCACAUAAAGGCCACAACAAGUGCAGGAGAAGGGGAGGCUUAUUUCAUUGAACAGCGAACACGGUCACGAGCAUCUGCUGCGAUUCCUGACAAACCCAAGUUCACAUGGACGAAGUUGUCUUCGGAAGAAGGUUAUGCAAGAAUCAAGGUUGUUUGGCUUCCGUACAUCGAUGGAGUUUUGGGCUCCCACUUCUUUGUUAAGUACAGGAAGAAGGGUGAGACCAUUUUUCAGGAGACUGGUCCCGAGAUGAAUGAAGACUACAUUAUUGUACGAGGACUGAUGCCCGGUGAGAUGUAUGAAUUCAGUGUCGUAGCAGUUGAUGGCGAACAUAUGACGGAGAGUGAAGUGGAAGAAGUUGAGAUCUCAAGCAUGGAUAGCAUCAUUAUAAAGCCAAAGGAGAAUGUUGCUACAGCAGGGUGGUUCAUAGGAAUGAUGCUAGCCAUUGCAUUCUUGUUGCUUGUGUUGAUAAUCGUGUGCAUCAUCAAGCGUAACCGUGGCGGAAAGUACGCUGUUCACGAACGAGAGGCUGCACACGGACGCACAGACUACCCAGAAGAGCCAGGAUUUCAUGAAUAUUCACAACCGCUAGAUAAUAAAUCCCAUGGUCGAGGGUCAAUGAGUAGUGAUCCCAAAGCAGCCCCAGAGAGUGACACAGACUCCAUGGCAGAAUAUGGCGAUGGAGACACAGGUCGUUUUACGGAGGAUGGCUCAUUCAUCGGACAGUAUGGUCCUGGGAAUAAACGCAGACCUGAAGAACAGCAGUCACCAUCAGCUAUUGCCACCUAUGUGUAGCGGAACUCAUUAUUGACUGACCGAACGAACAAUGGACUGACUGCAGAGUCAAUGCAGGGAAGUUGAACAGAAACACUUUCCCACAAGAUGCCGCCACUGAAAGGGUGCCAUGCAACAGGGCACAAAUGAAUCGAUGAUGUAUACAUUAGUAUUUAUUAUUAGAGAAACAAAACUUUGCAUUGCCAAGAAAUGGGUACUGCCAGGACUUAUAUAGAUAAUGGUAGACACCAAUUAAUAAGGGAAAAGAUGGAGACCGGAACAACAUCAGGGAUCUUUGAGGGCAUAAACCAUAGAGAGAGACGAGUGUUUUGUUCAGUUACUGGAUUUCAUGGAGGGAGUAUUUAGCUUUCUCCAGGAAUAAAAUGUGAUGUGAAUAGCGUGUUAUACACCUCCCUGUCUUGUCUCUGUCCUCUUUGUGUUGUUACACUAGGUUUCCAUCUCGGCUCCUGUUUUUGAUAUAUCAUUCUUGUAGUUGGCUUCUUUUCCUUUUGUACUUGAUAGAUAGGCAUUUUCUUCGAUAUGGCAGUAUUGCAACGAGUGCCAAAUACUUCUCAGUUAAGUACUGACCGUAGAUGAAAUGUUUCCUUCAAUCAUUCUCGUUCAUCCGUUUCACUACUUGGCUUCAUCAAAUGACAUGUAAGUAUAGGAAUUGCAGCUGUCUAAAGCCAUUUCCUCUCCCCUUUCAACUUUGAUAAUGAAAGCGUUAUCAAAUUAUGACUUCUUAAGAAAUGGGUAUUCCAAAUUGUAACAGGACCUCUUUGGAAAAUUUGUUGGGCCUCCGUGUACCUUUGACUGUAAUUUAUAGGUAAAAGCAUCUUACAGGUGACCAUCUUAUCUUACCUGUUGUAUCAAACAUGGUAAUAUUCUUGCUUUGUUGUCAGUAAUAUAAUUUUUCUUUACGCUUAACAUUUCCACAUUUAUGUAAUCUCAACAUCUGUUUCUCAAGUACAGAUUCCCACAUGAAAUAUGUAAGACACAUGAUCAAAUUACUCCUUCUCAGCACUGCAGGAAGAUUUUAUUUUCAUGUAGUGUGUUUUGUGAUAUAUAUAUCAAUACAUGGUGCAUGUUCUGUGUGACCUUUAUGAGUCACAGAAGCCCAUUUUGUCUUUUGAGGUUGUAAUUUUUAUUUCCCUCCAGUCUUGGACAGUACUGCAUCCUUUCUGUAAAAUAAUGCAGUUGGCUUGCAUUAUUUAAGUACAUUCUGCAUAUCAUCUUGAUCCAUUGUGUGGCUUAUAUUUCAGUGUGCACUGAAAGAAUGUAAGACAACAAUCAUAGUACAGAAGCCCUACUUGCUCAGAGUCUUUCAUUUGUUUCAGGCGUUUUCCCAAGUCGUGCGCGCAAUUUGUGUCAGUGUGAUGACAAAUGGAGGUACCAGGUGUUCAUUUAGUCUUGUGCCGUGUUUUGUAAGUUUGCUGUUCAGGAACUGUAAUUACUUGUGUCAUAACUUUUUCGGUAUAAAAUGUAUGUAUGCCUUUUUUUUAGAAUGGUGUAUAAAUUUGUUUGUGUCUAUAAAAGUUUUGUGGUCCUAACAGAAAUGUGAAGUGCCCAAAAAAUUUUAGUUGGUGUUCACUCUGUUUAGGUAGUAAACUGACUGCUUCUGCAAUACAGUGCUUAUGACAGUCUGCAAUGCUAAUACUUAGCUGUAGUAUCCACUUAAAGGUUUUUGUAAACAACAAAUUUUCAGUUUUGAUGUGUUGUGUGUAACACUGCUUGUUGCUUGGCAUCCAGUAUCAUUAGAUUUAUUAUUAUUAUUAUUGAAACAUACAGAAGAAUUGUUGACCUGUAUAAAAUGGAAUUGAUGAUAGGAAAAAAGAUACUGAAGAAAUAAGGAUUGGCAUUUGGUAUUUUGUUGAAAAUUGUUUCUGCAACCAACUUUAUUGGUCAGUAAUUGGCCAUAUAAAUACCCUAUAGCACAUGUUAAGAUAUGGUCAUUGUUUUUCAUUUUGUCCUGUUGGCUGUAUCGGAUAAAUGUUACAGGACCCUUUACAUACCUGUGAUGGUGUAUUAAACAACAUUUAUUUACCUUUGACUGUGCAACAUUUUUACACUAGGCUGGGUACCAAUCAAAACAUUAAUAGUUCUUUUAAUGUAGUAGCAUUUAUUGUGGUGGCUUAGAUGAAGUGGCUGUACUUUUUAUCUUGUCUGACAUUGUUAGCAGUUGUCAUGCUUUUUUAAUUAAUUGCUUCUUUUUUUUACAUUUCCCUUGGAUUGCACAGUAACAAGAAUUUUGUUAGCUGGAGAGGUACGAGCACAUAACAUGAUCAUGCAGGACCAAUAUUGUAGAGUUAGUAUUGGAAGUGGAAAACACAGUUGUGUAUUUCUCAGUGGCUGGAAAUGUAUACAUAAGCGUUGGUGUGACUUUUCUUGGUGCGUGAUAAGCGCAUACAGGAAAGACUGGUGGUGCUUAAUAUUAAAGUGAAAACAUGGUAUAUGGUUAAUGGCUUUUGUGAUGCGUACGUUACAAACUUUUUUGUGGGGGCAUGAACAUUUUCAACUAUCGAGAAUUUUGGGUGAUGUUUAAAAAUGCUUCUAACUAAAGUAUUCCAUUGUCACACUCUUCACAUAUUAAAAGCACAGUAGGAAUUAGUCAUUAGAAUGUAGGAUAUUGUAGUUGAUGCGUUAGACAAAAUAUAUAUACGAUGACGUUUUUUGUAAGCCUCACACAUCCUGCACAGUCCCCCCCCCUGCUCUAUUAUAUUAUAAAAAUAUAAUUUUUUCUUGUUAUUGUACAGUAAAAUAUAAUAAUCUGUAUAUGAGAAAAAAAAGCAAGUUGUGUGAGUGGGCAGGGAGGAAGGAUAGGAAUGCUAUAUAUCAUGCUAAUGUUUAAUAUUUUUUCAAAGAAAUGUGGCCAAUAGUUUUUUAAUGUGCAUUUCUUUGAUGUUGGCUGCUUUAGAUCUUUUUAUGCCUUACUUGUAUCGCUUGUUAACGUUUUAGGAUCGAAAGGACUGCGGACUCCCUUGAUAGUGUCAAGUUGAGAGAAAAGAUAUUUUUAUGUAACGAUUUUACAGACCUUGCAUAAUUCAGAAACCUUGCAAGAUUGUGCUGUACGAAAAAGUCGUAAAACUCAUUGUACAUAAGAAAUUUGAAAUGUGUAGAUAAAUGGCAAAAGUAAAUUUGUGUUUGGUGGCUAGCACGAUUGUCUGUCAAGCCAUUAAGUACAGUAACGAUUCACAGUCAUGAUUUCAACUCGUAUGAUAAAUUCGGAUAUAUGUAGAAUACACCUCUUGCCUUGUUACAGGUUGUUCAUGAUCAGUUAAAUGAGGACGCAAGUGUGUGGAACAGAAGUGUAAGAAAAAUAAAAAAAACUUUGUGAUUAGUACAUUUGUAGUUAUUAUGAAUGUGUAGGCAGGUUCUUCUGUGCCGAGUCUGUUCCUAAAUCCUCUGUUUGUUGCUGAUGUACUCCACUGAGGGGUGUUUGUAGUCCCUGCUUGCUGCUGCGUAUUUAUGUAAUCAGUUGUUUUAAGCUCGGAGCAUGCUGUUACAUUGGUUUUCAGUGUGUUGUAUGAUAUAACAGGCAGUUGGCAAACCAUCUCGUGCUUGAAUCUCAUUCAAAAUAUUUUUGGCUGUUGAUCAGGAAUCGUUAAUUGUUGAGUAAUGGUACCAUUAAGGAAACAUGACAUGUAGCAUUUUAGGGUAAUAUUUAUAAUUAUUUUCAAUUUCUACUUAUUUUAUUUUAUCCAGUGCAUUAGAUUUAAAACAAAGCAUUGUUUAAAACAUUUCCAUGAUCUAUAGCAUUGGUAAUUUAACACUAGAUGUUAAUUAAAUACAGGUCUACAAUUUUAAUUGGUUACAAAUUUACAUUUUAUGAUGGAUCACUAAGUAUAUUAUGUAAUCUUAUGCACUCCCCAAUCUUUCUUAAGCAAUUUUGGUAAAGGUAAACCAUGUAAUGGUAAAAUGCUUUUUUAUGUUUUGUGUUAUUUAAUUACACAUUUCUAUUAUAAUUUUCUUAGCACAAGUGCCUUAGAUAAGGCAUUGUUGUACUACAUGGGUAAGGCAUAAUUGUACGUUGUGCACCAGUUUAUUAUUGUAUCUGUAAAAGCAGUCUUUCUAAAAAGUGCACAGUAAUGUCUCGAAUUAUAUUGUCUUACUUCAUGUGGUAUUGAGUAUAAGAUUGGUUUAGAAGUACAAAGGUCUGUGAAAGAUGCCUGUAUUUUUUUUAUUGUCUUGUAUUUUUGUAUGCUUGCAGCUAAUUUUGAGAUUGCAGUGUUAUUUUUUUAAAAAUGGUGUAAUAGCUGAAAAAUUUUUCUUAUUAACUGCACAUAAAAUAGAGUUUGUUUGUGUAAUUUAAAUUUGGAACAUAUAAAAAAAAACUUGCACAGCUAAGAUUUUGUGGAACAAAAUGUAUAUUGUGCAUUUCUUAUGCAUUUUCAUGUAUCACAUUUUGCAUUUCUCAGGAAUAUUAUUUAAUUCUCCAUACCAGACUCUUAUGAAAUCAUUGUAUAUCCAUGUGGCCCAUUGAAUUGGUAGCAAGGCAUACUUUCUGCACAUUACAUACAGUUUUGACUUUGUGUUUUGGGCUGUAAAUAUAUAACUUCUUUUUCAGGUAAUACUUUGUUCUUUUGGUAUUCAGCUGUGUAUGAAUAUGCUUAAAUGACGUUAGAGCCAGUGCCCUCUUUCCGCUGCAGAACCUCACUGUUAUCAUCACAUUUCUCAAAACAUACACAUAUUUUGAGGAAAGGUAUAAAGUCUUAGGUACUUUAUUCCUUAUUUAUCAGUAGUAAUUCCUUUUGAUGUUGUGAAACUUCUUGCACGGACAUAAUAAAAGUUCAUUCUCAAAAUUGUUUAAUAGACAGUAUAUAAUUUACAUGUUUGUUUUUCAAAUUACAUUAACUUUCAAGGUGUAAAACAGUGGUCUUAAAAGUAUUUUUAGUAGGACAAUUUAAAUGUGAGUUGGACAAGUCCAGUGUUCUUAAAAUUUGUUCAGUUUGCUAAUAUAUAGGCCAGUCAUUCUUCGUCAUUUCUUGACAAUAUGUCAUGACAUAAAAAGACAGUACAUGUGAUCCAGCUGGCCUUAUGUCACUAACAUACCACUAAAUCCUUAAUUUAAGAGUUGAAGUCCUGCUGGCAGCCCAAAUGUGAGGAUGUUUGAAUCUCAUGUCUGUACAAUAUAGGUUAAUGGUUAAUGGCAUGAAAACAUUUGGAAAUGCAUUUAAACAAAAGUUCAGUGAGGUAAUUUGUAAACAGCUUAUUGGAGUGUUGCUUAUAUAAUAGCUAUGUGUUUCAGUAAGUGGAGUACAUAGGUAGAGUUAUAAACUUUGACUUUACAACCCCUUAGAAUUAGUUCACAUCCUUGACUUGAAAAUCAAAUGAAUUUAUUUACCCAAGUUACUGAUACAUUAUAUUUUAUUGAUUGUUAAUCUUACACAUCACAUCACCCCACAAACUUGCUAUCCUUAUUUGCACUGGACCUGAUUGUUAAUUUUGUUCACUGCUUGGUAUCCAGAAGAAUAUAGAAGAUUAGGCUCAUGGGUAUCUUUGAAAUAUUUUGGAGAGGUUUCGGCAGAAGAUGUACACAUGUUUUGAUAAAUUCCUUGAUACUUUGCAAACAAUGCUGGAAUAGAAUCAAAACUUGGUACUUUCUGAGAAAGCACCAUAGAUGUCAUUAGUCAGUGCUUAAUGGAAAAAAUCAUUCUAUUUUUUACAUUGAUUAUAAUUUAAGUUUUAUUAUAAUUAGUGAAUUUUGAGUGUAUCUGUGAUGCAGGUUUGGCAUCUACUUUUUCUUUCUGUUGCUAGGCAACAUGGAGAAUAAUAAUGCAUUCCUUUAUCUGCGGCACUGCUCCAGCAAGUAACUCUGUUGCUAACUUGUUUAGUGCGAUAUUAAUGUUCAAUCUCUUAUGUAGUAGCUUUUACAGAGUACCAACUUGACUUAAGGAUCCCAUCCCUUGUAUUAGAAAUGAAUCAUUUUUGUAUCUAUAUAUUUUUUAUGUUUACAGCCUAAGAAAAAAGAAUAAAUGAUCACAGUAUUGUCAGA